CGCCACGCAACCAAAAUGCGAGCGUGAAAAAAGCCUUGCACGCACUCCAAGUUACUUACACGACUUCCCGGUCCCGUGCGAACUAUGAAGUCCCCGAACGACUGGGUGCCUGCACGGCAGCCAGUGAACGCCCCGAGGGAGAUCAUGACGUUGAUCGAUUGGUUGAUGACCCAUGUCAUUGAUCCAAAUGAUUUAUUUAAUGCUUCUCUUGAAGAGAGUAUAUACAUGGACAUCAGAGAGUGUCUCGACACAGGAGAUCAUUUUCCAUGCCUCCAGUCUGGAGAAGAGCACGGUCCGCUUGCGACUACCAUUGCAUCUAUACUGGUACAGUUAUUGGACUCAUUGGUAGAUCCUGUGGUGCCCCCGUACCUCCAUGCGCGGUGUCUGCAAAUGACAAGUAGAGACGAAGCAUUCGAGCUACUGGACGAAGAUCUUGAGAUUUGGAAUACGACGAGAAGUCUUGACAUCACAAGGGACAAUGUUCAAAGGAUGGAGUGCUGGGGCAUGAGGAUUUGAUUACGGGUUGCAUGCAUUGCGAAACAUUUCACUCGAUUCAAGGUGUCAUAUGUGCAAAAUGGCUUAUUCCCUGAAUCGCAUCCUCAUAUACCCUUCUCUUAAGCCUCACCUGGGUAGCCUGCUCAAACGCAUACGCGUAGCCGAUGAGCUUAAACUCGCU